AUGCGUUUCUCCUACAUUGCCACUGCUCUCUUCGCCGCUGGUGCUGCCAACGCCCAGAUUGACAGCGCCAUCGCCUCCCUCACCUCUGCUGCCGCCAACCUUCCCUCCAACGUCGCCUCCGAUGUUGAGAGCGUUGCCAGCCGUAUCACCUCUGGCGCUGCUGGCCUUCCUUCUGGCGCUGCCUCUGCUGCCUCCAGCAUUGGUUCCCAAAUCACCUCUGGCGCUGCCGGCCUUCCCUCUGACAUUGCCUCUGCUGCCUCCAGCAUCCGCUCAAGUGCCGACGCUGCUGCCUCAUCUAUCCGCUCCGAGGCCGAGUCUGCUUUGAGUUCCGCCACAGCAUCUCUGGGCUCCGCUGCUUCUUCUGCCACCUCAUCUGCUGGUUCCCAGUCGACCGGUGCUGCCAACCAGAACGCUCUUCCCGCCAUGGGUGCCGCUGCCGCUGGUAUUCUCGCCAUUGCUGGUCUCCUAUAA